GGCCAGCGUUUGGGGGAGAGGGAAAAUAUCGACAGUUCGCUCCUUGCUGGCCUCAUACGGUCCUCCCAUACCCAAACAAACCGUUGCUUCCCUUCCCUCCCCUUCCCUCCCUCCUCCUUCUCCAUCUUCUUCCCUCCCCCCCGCCAUCAUCACUUUGCUCUCUCGCGAAGGAAACUCGAAUCCUUCUCUCCGCGAAGCCUCUCUGUCUCUCUUUCUCUCUCUCCGUCGCGCUCGCCGGGAAGACCUCGGACUGGUUGAUUUCAGAGGAAGCUUCUUCCUUGGGCGUCUCUCUCCCUCUCUCUCGGAGGAUCUAGCUGCGGUUGGAGGCGGAGAUUUUAGAAAGGGUUGUUACGGAUUGAAUCUGCCUUCAGGGAGAUGUCGAACUUUGUCGGUGUCAUUGUAUCUGAUCCCGGGCUACAGAGCCAAUUCACCCAGGUCGAACUUCGCAGCCUCAAAUCCAGAUAUACAUCGCUCAAGAACCAACCCGGGAAAGUGACUGUUGGAGAUCUGCCGCCAGUAUUUGUGAAACUGAAAGCUUUCAAUGAGAUGUUCACUGAGGACGAAGUAAGGGGAAUCUUGAUGGACUCGAAUUCCGACUUUAGCACCGCAAUCGACUUUGAAGGCUUCCUGAAAAUUUAUUUGAGAAUGCAUGCUCGAGCUACGUCAAAAUUGGGUGGUUCAAAGAACUCUUCAUCCUUUCUCAAGGCGACAACGACGACGCUCCUGCACACGAUUAGUGAAUCUGAAAAGGGCUCUUAUGUUGCUCAUAUAAACAGAUACUUGAGAGAUGACCCGUUCUUGAAGCAAUUUCUUCCUAUAGACCCUGCUUCAAAUGAUCUGUUUAAUCUAGCCAAAGAUGGAGUUCUUCUAUGCAAGCUUAUCAAUGUCGCGGUUCCGGGGACUAUAGAUGACCGUGCUAUCAACACCAAGCGGGUGCUUAAUCUGUGGGAGAGGAAUGAAAAUCAUACCCUUUGUCUCAAUUCUGCAAAGGCUAUUGGCUGUACAGUGGUGAACAUAGGCACACAAGACUUGGUUGAAGGAAGGCCUCAUCUGGUGCUUGGGCUGAUUUCUCAAAUUAUAAAGAUUCAAUUGUUGGCGGAUCUUAACCUAAAGAAGACACCUCAACUUGUUGAAUUGGUAGAUGAUAGCAAGGAUGUUGAAGAGCUUAUGGGUUUAGCCCCCGAGAAGGUUUUACUAAAAUGGAUGAAUUUCCAUCUUAAGAAGGCAGGGUACAAGAAAACAGUCAAUAAUUUUUCUUCUGACGUGAAGGAUGGAGAGGCAUAUGCGUACCUGCUCAAUGUGCUUGCACCAGAGCAUUGCAACCCCGCCACCCUAGACACUAAGGAUCUAAUUGAAAGGGCAAAAUUAGUACUUGAUCAUGCUGAGAAGAUGGAUUGCAAACGAUACUUGACUCCUAAAGAUAUUGUUGAGGGCUCAUCCAAUUUGAAUCUUGCUUUUGUUGCUCAAAUAUUUCACCAAAGGAAUGGCCUGUCAACAGACAGCAAGAAGAUUUCCUUUGCUGAGAUGAUGACAGAUGAUAUUCUGACAUCUAGAGAAGAAAGAUGCUUUCGGCUUUGGAUCAACAGUCUGGGAAUUGAUAGUUAUGUCAAUAAUGUGUUUGAGGAUGUCAGGAACGGAUGGAUACUCCUGGAAGUGCUUGACAAGGUUUUUCCUGGAUCAGUAAACUGGAAGCACGCAUCAAAACCUCCUAUAAAGAUGCCUUUUAGAAAAGUCGAGAAUUGCAAUCAAGUCAUAAGGAUUGGAAAGCUGCUGAAGUUUUCCCUCGUAAAUGUGGGUGGAAAUGAUAUAGUGCAAGGAAACAAGAAGCUUAUACUUGCUUUCUUAUGGCAAUUGAUGAGAUUUAAUAUGCUUCAACUUCUGAAGAACCUGAGAUUCCGCUCACGUGGAAAGGAAAUAACUGAUGUGGAUAUCCUGAACUGGGCAAAUAAGAAAGUGAAAAGCACAGGAAGAACUUCUCAUAUAGAGAGCUUCAAGGAUAAGAGUCUCUCAAGUGGGUUAUUCUUCCUUGAGCUUCUUAGCGCAGUGGAGCCUAGAGUUGUCAAUUGGAAUCUUGUUACCAAGGGUGAAAGUGAUGAUGAAAAGAAGUUGAAUGCCACAUACAUAGUCAGUGUUGCACGAAAGCUCGGGUGCUCCAUCUUCUUGUUACCUGAGGACAUCAUGGAGGUGAACCAGAAGAUGAUCCUUACUUUGAUGGCAAGCAUCAUGUACUGGAGUCUCCAACAGCAAGUGGAAGAAGAAGCUGGGAACUCAUCCCCGGCCCCUUCUUGUGACACGAUGACAAGUACCAUCACUACUUCCGAACCAUCCUCAACCUCUUCUGUAAACGACGAAGACGAGAUCUCAUCGAUCAGCGGUGAUGUUUCGAGCUUGACGAUCGAUGAUAGUGUUUGCGGUGAUAUCUCGAGCCUGGCCAUCGAUGACAAUGCUUCUGACUCCACUGUGUCUUCGCACCUAGAGAAUGAUGAGGACCCUCAGGUUGUGAAUGAAUAGUCACCGGCAGACCAUGUGGGGAAGGAGAGGGUUCGAUAAUUUUGUAGGUGAAUCAGGAGUGGUUUCUCUUUUGUUUGGGGGACGAGAGGGGCUCUUAUGGAGUAAAGAAAGCAAAGUUCCCUUCGACUUCAAUAAGCCGUUUUGCCACUGCAACCAGAGGAAUGAGGUAAAGAGACGAGAGUCUGUCCCUCUAAAGAGAGGGUUUGUGAGAGAACCCCAUGUAAAGCGAGGCAUGAAGGAAAAAAACAACUGUAACUUAAACAAAUAAGCACCCUCGGGUAUUGUAAAUUCGUGAGACAUGAUGUCUCACUGUCUCACAUACGAAAGCCGAUGACGAAGAUCGAACGAAGACUGGACUUGCGUCUUUUUCUCUUAACCACCGAUGAUUUUACACAGGUGAUGAUUUUACA